AUGAACGCGGACAAGCUGUUGGCCGAUCUGCGCGAAAUAGAAGAGGAGUAUGAAGGGGAGAGCGAGGGGGAGGACCCUUUGAUGCCGACGCAGAAAGUGAUGUUCCCCAGUGGAAGCGUGAACAGAAAGUUGUUCGACGAAAAAAUGAACCACCACUACACCAUUUUUAACACAAAAAAUGAGUUCCGCAAAACAGAAAUUAAUGUAGAGAAAACGCAGAUUGACAUAAUUAACCAUUUUAUAUUUUUGCUGAAAUUGUUAAAAAGGAGGAAUGACGAAGAGAUGAUACGACAAAUAAAGAAAUGCAUUCAAGUGUCUUUUGAGACGGACAACGAUGAAAUGCAAAAAUUGUCUGAGGAAAAAUCUUUUUACCUGUACAAACAAUACCUACUGAAAAAUAAACAUUUUUUUUUUAAAAUGUGGACAAGUAUGAAGAAUAAAAAUUUUUACCCCGAUGUUAAACAAAUCAUUAAAGACAUCACAAGAGAUGUUUUUUCAUUCAACAGGCAAAUACUUAAUGGAAGUUUGGGGUUUAAAUCAAUUUUAUCCAAUCUGUACAAAUUGCUAGGGAAAUAUUUUCAAUGUGACUUUAAAAACAUAUUAUUGAGCUUCUUUCUUCUGAGUCUUAUGAGUCGAACUAAUAACACUGUGGACAUUUUGUACACACUAGAAUAUUAUUUUAAAAACAAAAAUUUCUCCAUUAUUAUUCCCAAUACCUGUUUUAUCUCUCCAUGCGAGCUCAGUAUUUGUAAUAAUAUUAUUCUCUUGCGUAGUCAUGUAAAAUAUUUCAUCAAGGUUACAGAGGAGUCUUCAUCUCUGCUGGCUUACAAUUGCUACAACAUUAUAUAUGUUGAUGAAAAUUUAAUAAGUGAUAAUUUCUAUUUGCAUAUUUAUAAAACGCUUCUGAAGGAUUGUAAGCACCACUAUCUUUUUCGGGACCAGGAAUUAUUCGGCCAAGUAAACUUCUUUGAUGUUAAAUCUAACUAUGCCAAAUUGAAGUCAAAAGGGUUGCCUCAAGAAGAGGAUCCCUUUGGAGAGGUACCAACUGGCUACGACACGGCAAUCUACCCUAAUGCAGAAAAGACGGAGAGCAUCGAAGAGAAAAACCAUUUUGCAACCCUCCUGGACGAUGUAGAAGUUUCUUCCAACUCGACGUAUAACUGCAGCGAUAACGAAAUUGAUAUAAAAAAGAUAAAUGAAAAGAAUCGACUCUACCGGGAUACAUGUAACCAUUUGGGUAAAAGCAAAAGGAACUGUUUUUACCAGUAUUUGAUUAUAGAGUUGAGUUCGUGA